AUGUCUGCUAUGUCUAUCUCCCAUUCAAAUAGCUCUGGAUUUAUCCUCACUGGUUUUAUUGGCCUAGAAGGUUACUAUCAGUGGGUCUCCAUCCCUCUCUCAAUCAUCUAUGCCAUGGUGUUCCUGGGAAACUGCAUGGUGCUCCAUGUGAUUCGAACUGAGCCGAGCCUGCACGAGCCCAUGUUCUACUUCCUGGCUAUGCUGGCCCUCACCGAUCUGUCCAUGGGGCUGUCCACCGUGCACACAGUGCUGGGUGUCCUGUGGAGGUUCAUUCAAGAGGUCAGUCUGGAUUCCUGCAUUGCUCAGUCCUACUUCAUCCAUGGUCUGUCCUUCAUGGAGUCCUCUGUCCUCCUAGCUAUGUCCUUUGACCGCUACAUAGCCAUUUGCAACCCUCUACGCUACUCCUCCAUCCUAACUACUGACAAAAUCAUGAAGAUUGGCAUAGCAAUCUUAUGCAGGAGUUCUUUACUCAUUCCUCCAGUCAUCAUCCGCCUGAAGUUUUUAAACUACUGCCGCCCUCAUGUCCUCUCUCACUCAUUCUGCCUCCACCAGGACUUAAUCAGAAUAGCCUGCUCAGAUAUCCGCUUCAAUAGCAUCUACGCUUUGGCUCUGGUGAUCAGCACUCUGUUGUUGGAUGCAGUGCUCAUCCUAAUCUCCUACGUCAUGAUCCUGCACACAGUUUUAGCCAUUGCAUCCCAGGAGGAGAGAAUGAAAUCCAUGGUGCACCGCUUUGGAAAACACCUCUCCCCACUGGUUCAAGUCCUUAUGGGCAACAUAUAUGUUCUUUUCCCACCUUUGAUGAACCCCAUCAUUUAUAGCAUCAAGACCCAACAGAUACGCAGGAGAAUCCAGAGAUUGUUCUACCUGAAAUCAUCUUAG